AUGCCGAAUUGGGGGUUCUUGAAGCCAAAUACCGAAGAUGUGCAGUCUGUGGCCGAGCCGAAGAUUCGAUACCUCGAUCGUCAGCCGUCGCGUGCUCGCAGCGACCAGCGGCAGUUUGCGGCGACAUCCACGCUGUGGGACCGGUCGGAAGAGGUGGCGAUCAAGAACGACGAUCCAAUGGCGCCCGAGAACCUCUCGUCUCUCCUCGUCGAGACUCUGCGAACACGCGAUGUCGUCGAGACGCUCAGCGUUGUGCGUGCGCUCGUCAAUUCGCCUUCGACCGAUGAAGCCAUAGCUGCGAUGCGGGUCAUUCCGCGGACAACCGUCUCGGAGAUUUUGCGCAGCUUGGACCCUCUCGAGGCGGGACAUCGGCUCGAUUGCACACACAGCUUGGUGAUACCUGAUCAUCUGCAAGAAUUUAGCCCCGUGGCGUUGGCUUUUGACGAAUUCGGGGUUCGAAAAAUCUACAAGGACCUCUUCACGACCAUGCUCGCCUUUGUCGAGCUGCUGCACCAGGCAGGCCAUCAGUUGAUGCUCGCCGACUACGUUGUUCUGCUGCGGUGCGCCGGCGCGACAUCAGAUGUUACAGCUGCAAAGCGCGUUUGGAAGCUCAUGGAUCUCAACGAAGUCUGGGAUCUCCGCGAGAGCUUGGGCUACGACGAGCUCGUCAAGGCGCGCUAUCUAGUGGAGCCUCUCUACCGCCAAUAUGACCUCGCAAGGGUGCGACUGAGGCCCCGAAACCUGAGAAAGGUCAACCGGCCUGACAUGGCGCUGCGCGGACGCUUGGAGAGGCUUCGGCUGUACGAGGCACGCUCUAAAUACCACGCCUACGGCAAAUCACCACAUCAGCCAGAACGGGACCUGCACUGGGUGCUCAACCUGCCGGGGCCGCUGAACCGAAUCUGGUUCAAGAUGCUCAACCAGGGCGUCACCAUCACCGAGAGCCUGCAGUGCUCGUACCUCGUGGCCUGCGGCUACGCAGGUAAUCUGCGCAUGAUUGAAACGAUUUUGGCGCGCUUUUAUGACAUAUCCAUAGUCGAUGGAAAGACGAGGCGUGGCAUCACAGCCGACAGCCGAAACGUCCUCAUCACGGGCGGUCGCAAAUUCCCCCACGGACACCCCUUGACACCAACACCGCGGCUGCUGAACGCCAUUGUCCAUUCGCUGGGUGCAGCCGGCUACGUCUUGCUUGCGAAGAAGCUCGUCGAGUUCUUCUCGCAGCAGUACAGAAUCGACAUACCCGCAGCGACCUGGUCCGACCUGCUCGACCACACCUACAUCAUCUCGACGCACCGCGCACAAGUCGAAUGGGGCAUGUAUGAAUCCAACAUGGCCGUCAAGAACAGGGACGUCAGAGCCGAGGAUGUCCUGGACGUCUACCACACCAUGACGGCGCACGGCAUCGAGCCCUCGUUCGAGGACCUCGACAAGCACGUCAACGCGCUCAUCCAGUCCGGCGCCUUCGACGAGGCCCUGGACCGCCAUCCGGUCGGCAGCGCGCACUACCGCACGCUCAUGGCCGAGACGCAGGACGCCUUCUUCGAGGCGCUCUACCCCAGAAGCGCAUGGCGUGGGAGAAGCGCGACGUCGCGUCGGCGCCGACGCUCGUGGUCGAGCGCGACGGGCAGGACCCCGCGGCUCGACGAGGACGGCAGCCACGUCGUCAGCGAGGCCGGGCAGCCGCAGUACCACGUCCGGACCAGGACGUACCAGCACCUCGACCGGCGGGCGCAGCGGACGCGCCGCGAACAGCCGUGGGAGGCGGUGGGGUUCUACAAGCACUGCGUCGCCGACGGGGCGGCCGGGGGCGGGUGGCCGCACCUCAAGUACAGCAACGUCGCGCACUGCGUCGAGUGGUGA